AUGGCUGCGGCGACCCAAGGUCCACAGCUCGCCGCGGACGCCGUCCCCGCUCAAGUGAAGGUCCGGAGUGAAGAGCCUUGCGAUCUCCGCUGCGCGCGCAAGAUGGCUGACCCAGAGUUGGAAGCUAUCAGGCAGAGGAGGAUGCAAGAACUAAUGGCACAGCGUGGUGGGGCAAAUCAGCAGAAUGCGGGCCAACAAAAAGCUCAGGAAGAUGCGAAACAGGAAGCUGAGGAACGCCGACAGAUGAUGCUUGCUCAGAUAUUAUCUUCUGAAGCCAGAGAAAGGCUUUCCCGCAUAGCUUUGGUCAAACCUGACAAAGCAAGAGGGGUGGAGGAUGUUCUGCUGAGAGCUGCUCAAACUGGUGGAAUAUCUGAAAAGGUGUCUGAAGAAAGACUUAUCUCCCUUCUCGAGCAAAUUAACACCCAAACAAGCAAGCAAACCAAAGUUACGAUUCAGAGGCGUCGAAGUGUCCUUGACGACGACGAUUAG